UGUCACUUGUCACUUCAGAUUUGUUAUUGUAGGUUAAAUCAAAGAUUAACCUCUUUGGUCAAUAAAUUAUCUUUCAUAAAUUUUUCUGAAGAUGCUACACGAAAAUAAAAGAAAAGCUGCGGACCAGAACGCUCUGGUUCCAGCAGCUAAGAAGGCCAGAAAUGAAGUCGCUAAUGUUAACAAGAACAAAAGCGUAUUACAGGCUGCCCCAGCAAGAACUUCCAAUCUAUUUGCUCCAAUAAUGUUAUUGGAAGGACAUGAAGGCGAAAUAUUCACAAUCAAAUUUCAUCCUGACGGACAGUAUUUGGCAUCCUCUGGUUUUGAUAGAAAAAUUUUGCUAUGGAGUGUUUAUGGAGAAUGUGAAAAUAUCUCCGUUAUGACAGGUCAUACUGGAGCAGUAAUGGAUCUUCGAUUUUCUAGGGAUGGUUCGAAUAUUUUCACAGCUAGCACAGAUCACACUCUUGGACUUUGGGAUGUACCUACAGCUCAAAGAAUAAAGAAGUACAAAGGGCAUACUAAUUUUGUCAACUGUUUGGAUGUUGCCAGGAGGGGUCCCCAUUUAAUUGUUUCUGGUAGUGAUGAUAACACAGUAAAGAUUUGGGAUAUUAGAAAAAAGCAAAGUAUAACUAGUUUGAGCUCUUCAUAUCAAGUUACAGCAGUUUCUCUCAAUGAUACAUCAGAACAAGUUUUCAGUGGAGGAAUCGAUAAUGAUAUUAAAGUUUGGGAUUUGAGGAAAGAUGAAGUAUUGUAUACUUUGAAAGGACACACUGACACAAUCACUGGGCUAUCGUUAAGUCCUGAUGGAUCAUAUUUAUUAUCCAAUUCAAUGGAUAACAGUCUUAGAAUAUGGGAUAUAAGGCCAUUUGCUCCUGUUGAGAGAUGUGUGAAAGUAUUCUCAGGUCAUCAACACAAUUUUGAGAAGAAUCUGUUAAAGUGUUCAUGGUCAAAAGAUGGUAAUAAAGUAUCUGCAGGGUCGGCUGAUCGAUUUGUGUAUAUUUGGGAUACAACAACGAGAAGAGUUCUUUACAAACUUCCAGGACAUAAUGGAAGUGUGAAUGAUGUAGAUUUCCAUCCAGAUGAACCAAUAAUUGUUUCAGGAAGUAGUGAUAAGCAAAUUUACUUGGGAGAAAUUGACUAGUGACUCUUCGCUAGAAUUUGUGAAUUCAAAAAAUGAUAGGUUUCAUUACAUAAAUUAUAAAUAUAAUUUAUAUAUCUAAUUGUUUAUUCUCAACUACAACAGAUUAACAGUGAUGUUGAAGCCAAACAAAAGAAAUAAAUAUUUUAUAACU